AUGGAGGAAGCGGCCGCCGUAGAUUGCCCUCCGACACCGGAGAUACUGCCACUGACGAGCACACCACCGCCACCGUCGCAGUUCGUGGUGUACAGUUCGUCGUCGGAGGAAGCCGAUGAAUCAGCCGACGGGCGCAGCUCCCCUCCGCCAAAGUGCGCAAUUUGUUUGGGAAAAUGUCGCCAGAAGGCGUACGCGAACUCGUGCCGUCACCAGUUCUGCUUCCGGUGUCUGCUGGAAUGGAGUAAGGUCAAACCGGAAUGCCCGCUGUGCAAGCAGCGCUUCAACUCGAUCGUACACUACAAAUCGAUCAACUGCUACGAGGAGCACAUUGUACAGACAUCGAACCCGCUGGAACAGUCACUACCGCGCGAAGCAGACUUUUACCGUCGACUAAACUUUUACGUGUCCGAUUUGCCCCGCAUUACGUACCACGCCACGCUGCACAUGCCAACGAGCCAGAGCGAACUGAUGCAGCAACUGUUCAUGCACCAGUCGAGCGAUGUGCGACGGUUUAUUCGCGAGUUUGGCGACCAAGUGGUUCCGACUCGCCAGAACAGCAUCGCAUGGCGACAGUUCAUCUAUCGACAGCGGCUCUACGCUCGCCCGCUGCCGGAUGUGAAUGGGCGUUUCCGUGUCAGUUCGGCGCAUUUUUAUCUUAUGCAUCCUGCCCAACUGCAUCGCAUCCUGCCAUGGGUGGAACGCGAGGUGUAUGCCAUGGAAACCAUUGCACCGACUAUGUCCCCACCGAUGGCCAUGCGGAUGGGCUACCUCAUGAAUUCGUUCGAUAUCGACUCGCCCGACUUUCUGCGCGCUUUGGCCCCGUUCGUCUGUUCAAGCUUUCGCGAGCACUUUCGGCACGAGCUCUUCAACUUUGCCCGCUCACCGUACGAUAUGAUUGGCUACGAUCAAUGCGUCCAGUACGAGCCACGCUUCAAUCACCGCAACCCUGUGAUUCUGUCGUCGUCGGAUGAAGAGCUAGACUCGGAGGAAGUGCUAGACGGUGUCGUAAAUAUGUCGGAACCCGUCGCCAGCACUUCAUCGUCGUCUUCAUCCAUGUUUACCAGUAACAGUGCGGGAACUGCUCAGGGGAGUACUAGCGGGACUAGUGGCCGGGGACGAACCGGGCGCACUCAAUUUCGGUUCGAAGCCCGUUCGACUAACGAAACCGUCAUCAUGACGGGCACGCUUCGUGAGUCCCGUGCCGAACUGGCGGCUUCGCUCGCAGAACCGUCCACGCCGGUUAUCGAACUGAACGACAACUCGGACAGCCCUGGAUCAGUCUCUGUUCCUGCUGGAGCAGCGACGACAAGUACCCGGUCCACCCUUCGGGAUGGUGACAAUAUUUCGCUAUCCUCGAGUGAUUCCGACGAUUGCCAGUUUGUUUUGGCACAGAAACCUCCGCAUCUCAGAACGCCGGACCAUGUGGUUGAUCUAGAAUCGGACUAUGACAGUGACGUGGUGUUUGUGGCCGUAGAAUGUGCGAACAAUCAGCCCGCAACGACGAAUGGCGAUGCGUCCGAAAAGCACUCUCUACCCUUGCCAAAGAGUGACCUUAGCUGCGAGUACAACAAUGGUGCAUCGACCAGCUCCGGAUACCACGGUGGCGCUGGGUCCAGCGGGAGUGGCACCAGCACUCGCGACAAGCACUAUACACGGUCCAGGGUGAAUCGUUACACGGGCGGAAUGGGAGUGAAGAGUAUCUACGAAGCGAGCGACAGCGACGAAGACGAGGACGAGGACAAUGAGGACGGUGAACUAUUCUCAGCUUCCCCACGGUCCCCAGCGUCAGGCUCUUCGUUCAGUUCGUCCAAUCCCUGUUCCUGUCCCAACGUUUGUACGGUCUCUUCACAUGACAAGGUCGUGUACAACCUGCGCACUUCGGUCACCAAGGUAACGCGAGGACGCAAAAGAAAAAGAAACAGCCGAAAAACAAAGCAAACCGGAGCUAAGAAAAAUUGGCGCACACGGCAAAGAAGCACUAGCAGCAGUAGCAGCAGCAGCAGCAGCAGCAGUGAUGACAGUUGUGGCAGUAACAGCCGAAAGAACGGCUCAACGGGAGGCAGUAACUCUAGCGACAGUACUCGUAGCAGCAGUGCCACCAGCAGUAGUAGCAGCACAAGCAUCACAAGCAUUACCAGCGCCAGCACCAGUUCUGCCAGCAGCGAGUCACAUUCUGGGGAGCCUUCCAUCGUGGUAAUGGCCAGUGGCGAACGGCGGACUCGUUUGUCGACGAACUGGACCGCUCCAAAAAACAAAAAAACCGGGAAAAAAGAAUCCAAAGCGGAAGCUUCCCACGUCAAACCGAAAACCACUCGCGGCAACCCGAAGAAAAAGGGUGCACAAAGCAAAUCAGCACGUCCUCAAACGGCUCCCAAAAAGGGGAACGCAGCAAAGAGCAAAACCGAAAGUGGGCGCAGCAAGCGGGAGAAACCUUCUGUGAAACGACCCAAGGAACAGGAUGCGGCUCCAGCGGCACCCAUGGAAACGGAAAGCUCCCAGGGAAAGGGAGCGAAAAAGAUCGGACAGUAUUUCGUCCAAAUUCGGCCCUCCAGCUCGCCAACAACCGAAAUCGCUACGGACGAUGAAAAUACUACGGCUGGUGGUGGUGGUAGUGGCAGGAAGCGAAAACUUAGCAGGGUCAUCAUCAAGCGAUACCAUCAGGAGAAUCAACCGGCCGAGAUGCAACCACCUGGGUCGCAGAAAAAAGAAACAGAAACAUCGGCCGCACCCGACGAGUGUUCAUCGGUAAAACGUACAAAAUCUGAAGUUCCGGUAGCAUCUUGCGCUCCGAAUGGCAGCAAUGAUGAACCGACGCCAGGAUGCAGUAGGAAUACGGUGAUAGCCAAAACGGAAGUGGUUGACGCGCCAACCGCAUCGGGCAGUGAUUCGGACUCGGAUGCUACGGCAGUGGGAAACUGGCAGGACACGACGAGCGGAACCGCGGCGUCCGUGAUUGUGAGCACAUCACAGUUGGCUCAACCAACGGGCGCCGAUUCAGCAGCAGAGCUGCAGUUGACGCUUAUGGAACACGAACAGCUUUUGGAGGACGCGAAUUCCGUUGCAUUAGAUACCCUCUUUUCCCCAACCUUACACUGGGCCGCCGAUGAUCCUCCACCGCUCGAGGACCACCUUUCGAUCUCCGUGUCCGACACCCUCUCGCCGCAAACGUUCUCGACGAUAACGUUUUCCCCAUCAUCGACGUCGGUUUCACCGUUGUCCGCGAUGUUGGCCAUCCCAUCCUCUUCGGUGCCGGAGAUAAUCGAGGGAAUCGGUUCGCUCGCUUCCGCUUCGCAGCUUCCGUCGUCUGUCGUGGGUGCAGCAACGAUCGACGGUGCGAUUGAUGAACUCAUGUCCAUAAUUCCCGCGGACACAUACAACAACACUGCGUCCCUCACAGAAGACGGACCCGUCAGUGGAGUGGGACUGGAGGCGACCGAGUCGAGCUCUGGCGCUUUAUCAUCCUGUGAACUGCUUCCUCCCGGACGCGAGCCAACGAAUCCGCCUGGCGUGCGAAGUGUAGUCGCAGGGUCUGAGGUAGAACUGUGAGAUUUGCUACGGAUAAUCGAUUUCAUCGAUUGGUAGUGACCACCGGGGGGCAAUCUGCGGCAUGGAAACUGUGCUUCGGGAAAAUUGUUUUAAAACUUUGACACGAAGAACGCCGCACUGUAAACCAUUGAUCGGCAAUCAUCGAAGGGGGACAGUGUUGACGUGGUGUUUGUGUGCGUAGUCAGUUCAGCGAAGGGUACAACACGCUCUUUCACAUUCCUACAACCGUGCAGUUCCGUUGGUUCCGGAAGGUCAAGAAGUUCGUCAGGGUUCACACUACUCAAAGCGAUUCAUCUCCACUCUGACCAUCAGGCCAUGGUCAGCUGCGUGCAAACACAAACACUUUGGCCGAUUCAUUUUGUUUCACGAUAUCGAUAAAGAGUUUUUACAUGUCGACAAUUAUCUGUGCGUUGCCCCGUUUUGUGGUUCUUCGGUGAGCGUUGGCCCAUCCUAGUGGCAAAGGCACCGAAGUAGACACGCUUUUGUACAAAGGUUUUCAGGUGUGUAAGUAGAAUUAAUUUCGAAACGUACGCAUAUAAAGUAAACUGCUAUGAAGCAACUAAAUGAGCUAGGAAUUCAGACAGUGAUUGAGUUUCGUCGCGUGAAAGGAGGAACAUGAAGUGCAGUGUGCUCCGAAGCCCCCGAAUUGCGCCCUCAGCGGAUAAUCAUUCGUUGAUGAUAGUUUA